UGGCGGUCGUCCCGGAGCGCGGCUGAGCGGCGCUCGUGCACGUCCUCCUGUCGCCGGCCGCUAGCGCCGGGGUCCGCCGGAGGGUCGCGGGAGCCGGCGUCCGUCCUUUGUGAGGCGCUCAGGCGGUUCGGCUGGGGUGCGGGACGGAAUGUGAGCACUGCGGGGACUUUUGUCUCCUGCUCAAACUCAGGGGAGUGUGGCCUGAACGGGAGCCAUGGACUGAGGGCGUGAGCUGCGCGGGGCAGUCAUGACUUCUGCCGCGGAGCUUAAGAAGCCACCAUUGGCUCCCAAACCAAAGUUAGUGGGGACCAGUAAUAAGCCACCUCCCCCUCCUAUUGCACCGAAACCGGACAUUGGAAAUGCUAGUGUUCCACGGUUAACCAAGAAGACCAAACCGGCAAUUGCGCCAAAACCGAAAGUCCCGACAAACUCAGUUGUUCAAGGCAUCAAGCACCCACCCUCAAAGAAGCUCACUUUGAACCUGGAGGAACAGGAGCCAGAAUUACCCAAGAGCACUGACAAGCUUAAUUGCAAAGAUGUCAGGGAUCCACACAGUGAUUACAUUUUACCAACGUGUUCCUGCAGUUCUGGGUGUAUUCAUGAACCUGGGGCUCGGGAGAAUCUGUGUGCAGAGCCUCUGGGGAUGAACGAAAAUUUAGAGAAUAGUAAAAAUGGUGAGUCCUCAAAGAGGGGGGAUAGAUGGGAUCCAGGCAGUGAAAAGUGCCGGAGCCAGAGUGGAGUUGGUUUAAAGGCAAGCAUCCUAGAAGAGAAGCUCAAAGAGGCUCUAACACAGCAGCGAUCGCCCUGUGGUUCCCCAAGGAAGCUCAGAGCUCCAAAAAACCCGGAAAUGAAUGGUGGCCGUAGUUGCACCAGGCAGAUCAGAAUUGAAUUUGCAGAUAUGUCUUCUCCCCUGUCCCGCUUUGAAAAAGUUCCCGCUCAUCACAGCUCCCACCCACCACUUCCUAGGGAUGAGUCUCAGACUCUCAAGACUUGGCAAGAUGGCAGUGCUGAGAGCUAUGGUCACAUUCAUUCAUGUGAACUGGAGAACAAAAGAGUGUGUUCAGACGGAACUAGUCAGAAGACAGAGGUCAAGGGUCUCGGUCCUUUAGAAAUCCACCUACUACCGUAUACCUCAAAGUUUCCGACUCCCAAGCCCAGAAAGACACAUGCUCCUCGCCUGCGUCGUCAGAAGCAUGUAGAUACCCCUAGUGAAAGCACUGAAGAGCCAGGGAACUCAAACAAUAGCUCUUCUUGUCUCCUUGAGGAUGGUUUGAAAAACAAUAAAGUCAGUGUUCUUCAUCAGAAUGCUUUGUAUAGCAAAGCAGACGAGAUGAGGCCCACAAACAAGAGGGCACCGACUGGGGCUUCCGACAGUGACAGACAGGACUCAGUCAGCUCCCAGAAAGCUGUGCAGCAGGAAACGACUUCUUUGGAAAAAGUGGCACCUUUGACUUCUGACAGUAAUGGUUCUGGCGUGUUACCUGCUGUGGACAAAGAGACUACUUUCACACAAUGCAGUUUGAGCUUGCCUAAGCAAGUCAGAUUAGCCUGCACUGACCAUCCGCCAACUACCUGUAACCCAGAAGUGUCAGUUCCAGUUCCUCAACUACAAAAGGAAUCUUCCUCCUCCUCGAGAAUUGUUCCCAAGAAACCUCAAAGACACAGCUUACCUGCAGCAGGGGUGCUUAAAAAGGCUGCUUCGGAGGAGCUUCUAGAAAAGAACUCUUCUAGUAAGGAAACAAAUGUAGAGAGAGGUCUACAAAGAAACCACCUUCAACAUCCGGGCCCCUUGGACCAUGGCCCAUCCCCAUUGUCCUAUGACACACCUAACCCGACAUCAGAAAAGCCAGUGUGGAAGUUACCUCAUCCUAUUCUACCUUUUUCAGGGAGCCCAGAAGCCUUGAAACGUGUCACUUUAUCCUUAAAUAAUGACCCUUCUGAUGCCCUAACCAAGCCAAGGGCAAAGUCACUGUCUGCCGUGGAUACCGACAGGUGCAACAAGCCUUGCAAAGAGCCUCCGAAGAAAACUUCCUUUAAAAAGUUGAUUAACGUGAAACUGGCCAUUGGUUUCAUAAAGAGUGACUUCCAGAAAUUUAGGUCGAAAAGCUGCCAACAGAGCGAUGUCCCCUCGGGACAUCCUCUCAGUAGAGAGCCCAAAGUGCUUCAAAGGGAUUGGCAAGGUUUGGCCACAGGAGAAGAAAAGAGGAGUAAACCCGUGAAGGCAUAUUCUGCAGAAAACUGCAGCCUGGAAUCUCAAAAGGUGAAAUCUUGGGGCCAGAGCAGUGCAGCUAAUGGGCAGAGGGCCGAGUCUUUGGAUGACCAGAUGCUUUCCAGGCACGCAUCCUGUCAGGACUCUAGUACAAGUGAUUGCGGGCCAGAGUAUGAAAAUGUCGGCUAUUAUGAGGAGAUACCAGAGUAUGAGAAUUUACCCUUUGUCAUGGCUGGAGGGAUUACUCCUGAGUUGGGAUGGCAGAAUUCUGGCAGUGUGGAGGACACUGAGGCAAGUCUGUAUGAAGUAGAAGAACCCUACGACGCCCCAGAUGGCCAGCUGCAACUUGAUCCUAGACACCAGCCUUGCAGCACUUCUGGAACGUCCCAGGAGGGGCAGGAUGACCUCCAUCUUGGUCUCAGUGACCUGCCUUCUGAUGAGGACGCCAUCGAUAGCUCUGAUGAAGAUGAUGUCAGCUCCGAGUCCAGUAAGGGCGAGCCAGACCCUCUGGAGGAUAAACAGGAUGAAGAUGCUGGGACGAAGAGCAAAGUUCAUCAUAUUGCCAAGGAGAUCAUGAGCUCAGAGAAAGUGUUUGUUGAUGUGCUAAAGCUUUUGCAUAUUGAUUUCCGGGGUGCUGUAGCCCAUGCGUCCAGGCAACUCGGGAAGCCCGUGAUUGAGGACCGGAUCCUUAACCAGAUCCUGUACUACCUGCCUCAGCUGUAUGAGCUCAACCGGGACCUCCUGAAGGAGCUGGAGGAACGGAUGCUGAGCUGGACCGAACAACAAAGAAUUGCUGAUAUCUUUGUAAAGAAGGGGCCGUAUUUAAAAAUGUAUUCCACAUACAUCAAAGAAUUUGAUAAGAACAUAGCUCUGCUGGAUGAGCAGUGUAAGAAAAAUCCAGGAUUUGCUGCGGUUCUCAGAGAAUUCGAGAUGAGCCCUCGAUGUGCCAAUCUAGCCCUGAAGCACUACCUGCUAAAGCCAGUUCAGAGGAUCCCUCAGUACAGGCUGCUACUGACAGAUUAUUUAAAGAACCUCCUAGAAGACUCUGUAGAUCACAGAGACACCCAAGAUGCCCUAGCUGUUGUUAUAGAGGUGGCUAACCAUGCCAAUGACACUAUGAAGCAAGGGGACAACUUUCAGAAACUCAUGCAGAUUCAGUACAGCUUAAGUGGACACCAUGAAAUUGUGCAGCCUGGGCGGGUUUUUCUUAAAGAAGGCACCCUCAUGAAGCUGUCUCGGAAAGUCAUGCAGCCCCGGAUGUUUUUCCUGUUUAACGAUGCCCUGCUGUACACUACACCCCUGCAGUCUGGGAUGUACAGAUUGAACAACAUGCUCUCCCUGGCUGGAAUGAAGGUCAGAAAACCUACCCAGGAAGCGUAUCAGAAUGAGCUAAAGAUCGAAAGUGUGGAGCGGUCUUUCAUCCUCUCAGCAAGUUCUGCCGCAGAAAGAGAUGACUGGCUGGAGGCCAUAUCCAGCUCAAUAGAAGAAUAUGCCAAGAAAAGAAUCACCUUCUGCCCCAGCCGGAGUCUUGAUGAGGACUCAGAAGGGAAAGAAGAAGUUAGCCCUCUCGGGACGAAGGCUCCCAUCUGGAUCCCUGACACCAGAGCCACCAUGUGUAUGAUUUGCACAAGUGAAUUCACCCUGACCUGGAGAAGACACCACUGCAGGGCCUGUGGGAAGAUUGUGUGCCAAGCUUGCUCGUCAAACAAGUGUGGCUUGGAUUACCUGAAAGGGCAGCCGGCGAGGGUGUGCGAGCACUGCUUCCAAGAGCUACAGAAACUAGAUCACCAGCUGUCCCCUAGGACUGGGUCUCCUGGGAAUCACAAGUCUCCGUCGAGUGCCUUGUCUUCAGUCUUACACAGCAUCCCAUCGGGGAGGAAGCAGAAGAAAAUCCCCGCUGCUCUCAAAGAAGUGUCAGCAAACACAGAAGACUCCUCUAUGAGCGGCUACCUCUACAGAUCCAAGGGCAGUAAAAAGCCAUGGAAACACUUAUGGUUUGUCAUCAAAAACAAAGUCCUCUAUACAUACGCUGCAAGCGAGGAUGUGGCAGCUUUGGAAAGUCAGCCUUUAUUAGGAUUUACCGUCACUCAAGUCAAAGAUGAGAAUUCAGAGUCUAAAAUGUUUCAGCUACUGCACAAAGGCAUGGUGUUUUAUAUAUUUAAGGCAGAUGAUGCCCACUCCACUCAGAGGUGGAUAGACGCAUUUCAGGAGGGCACAGUGUUGUAGCAGCAGCGGCUGCACUGCCUCUGAGGUUCCAACAAGUUGGCGGGUCCGCAGAACGGAAUCAAAGCUACUCAAAGGCCCUGCAAAAAAUGAACACUGCCAAGAGAAAUCCGCCCACAGUCGUUAUGAGCUAGAUUGUUUUGUUAAGUAUAUACAGUUCCUAAAAAUGUUUUUCAUCUAUGUUAUUUAUUAAAACGUUGAUGUUUACUUGCUGGUCAGAAUUGUUUCUGAGACUCACACUGAAUUCUAAGUACUGUUUAGAGACUGGGAACUUACCGUAACGCUGUAUUCUGUAUACUGUUGAUGAUGUGCCGUCCACACUGUUGUCUCUGCCUUACAUCAUGACACUUUUGCUGGUGGUAAAUCUUUGUGAUUAAAGCACACAUAUUAAGUAUCAAAUGUCCAUACAAUGUCUGGUUUACAAUUUUUAAAUUGCUGAUGAAAAUGAGUAUUUUUGAGUCACUAAACUUAGGUGGCAUUUUUGAUAUUGCAGUAGAGAUGCACAUGGCCAGCUUCUACCUCAGAAACUGUGAAAUGAAAUCCCAGCAGAGUCCGUACUGAUAACUGUCCACAGCCCCCCCGCCCCCAGACUCCCACACCCCAUAGGAUCUUGUCAGUUGCCAGGCUGGCCUCGAACUAACUGUGUAGCUUAGGCAGACCUUGAGCUGCAGCCUUCCUGCCUCAGUCUCUCAGCCACUGGAGCCACAGGCCUGGAUCGCCCUGCCCAGGCUCUAUUUAAUACUGCCAGAUCAGUGUCCAUGUGAUUCUCUUCUUCAUUUUCUGAGACAGACACACACUCUGGAUGGAACCCGUGAGGGCUGUGACUCACAGCUACUCAACUGCUAGGACUCCAUGUGUGUGCCACCAAGCUCAGUGGUCAGUGUUUAAAAACAAAAAACCAGAAUAUGGCAGGUAACAUUGUUACCUAAUACCCUCUAUCAUUCUUAGGAGUUUUGAGGCCGAGUCAGUGGUGGUAUUUAUAUCUAAAAGGAUGUCACAUUUUCUGUAACAUGUAUUUUACAAGUGAUCUGAAACCACUAAUCUUUUUUUUUUCUUUAAAGGAAACUUUAUGCUACUUUGAUUUGUUCCUCUUGACACUUAAAGUAUUGUCAUUGUAGUUGUCCUCCUCCUCCUCCCCUCUUUCCCCUCUUCCUCUUUCUCCUCCUCUUCUUCUUCCCUCUCUCACCUCCCCCCUCCCCACCCCUCUCUGCCCCUUUUGAGACAGGGUCCUUCCAAGCAGCCCAGGCUGGCCUGGUGCUCCCCGCCCUGCCUCAGCUCCCACAUCCUCAGAGUUCAGCUGUGUGUUGCAGCACGGACCUUAUCAGUCAGUGUCCCUCAGUAGGAAAGGCCCGUCCUCUUAGUUCUGGCGUACCUACUGUUUAACGUGCAAACCCACUUGCACGGGAAGUUGUCGGUUGGCCCCUGUCUGCAGCAGCUAAAACGGAAGGCAGCCUCCACCCCAGAGUCCUAAGAAAAUGCAAAGAGACAUUUGUUACUUUAUCCCACAUUUCUGAACCUCUUUCCAUUUUUGAUGUAACUGGGAUUGUUCCAUUUUCCCUGAUGGGCCCUGGUUUUUUUUAACGGUAAGAUUCUUUGAGUAUUUACUGACAAUUUUUUUUU